CUAUUGAUUCUUUUUGCAUUUGGUUUAAAUUCACGUGAAGACAACAUUUAGACAAAACUUUUUGUUUGUUUCCAUGUACUCUACUUCGUUAAUGUCAAUUCAUUAAUGUUCAUUCUUAUCCUUUUUUUCUUCUUCUCUAGAAUAAUUAAUAGCUAAUGACCUUGCACGGUAGCAUUUAGACAAUUAGAUUCAAAUCUUAUACCUCAAGGCGUUUGGGAAUACAAAAGAGAAUUUUAUGCCAUAGGCUCGAAUUGGCAUUACUAUUGUUACCUUUCCAAUUUUCUUCUACCUUCCCCCUUCCAUUUGGUGCUCCUUAAUAAGGUUGAGCUUCCAAAGAGUUAUUAUGUUAUGUAUGAUGCUACCUCACAAUUUGUAGCACAUACCUAUUAUAGUCUACUUACCAUCCAACUUCAAAUUUUGUGUCAAUGAAUGAGAACAAAAUUGAUUGGGGAGGAUUGAUUCAACAAAGUCAUGUACUAAGUGGGGAUUUUAAUUCUGAGUUUGGCAAUCGUUACUGUCAAUAUUUUGAUAUCAGACAAGCUUGGAAUAUGGGACCACUUGCCAUGGUUGGAGGAGAAGCCAUAGAUAAUGAGUUACAAAACAUAGGCCAUGCCAAAUCAUCUGGCACCAUUAUGAGCCGUUUUGAGUCACCAGCUUCUGCCUUUUAUGCUGCAGAAAACUGCAUGGAGUUUGCAGAAUAUGAUUGCCAAGUUGGUAUUCACUCUUUGAGCUCUCAGUUAUGCAAGAUUAAUGAUUUGGAGUUCCCCUUGUAUCAAUCUCCAAGGGAAAACCUUUUCUUGGAUUCAGCAAACCAAUCUGAAACCAACUUUGAUUUAUCAAACACUUUGCAAUCCAUAGUGAAAUCUCAACUGAAUAGUGCUAAUCAAUGCAGUAGAUCCCCUGAAAAGUCCAAUAAAAUUUCAUGUGGGAAUUUUCACAGCACCAAGUUCCUUCCGGUUGAACAACAGAAGUUGUUCAUUGAUGGUCUUAUCAGUGGCUCAUCAUUUCCUAACAAAGGAAAUCAAGACCAUAUGCUGAGAUUCUCUUCUCAGAUUGAGAGGUUGUCUCCAACACUUUCAGCAGGAAGUGUGUCCACUAUUGGAAACUCUGCUUCUAAUGUGGCGGCCGUAGUGUCAAGUAAAACACGUAUAAGAUGGACUAAGGAUCUUCAUGAGAAGUUUGUUGAGUGUGUGAAUCGCCUUGGAGGCGCUGAGCAGGCAACACCAAAAGCUAUAUUAAAGAUGAUGAACACUGAUGGUUUGACUAUCUUCCAUGUCAAAAGUCAUUUGCAGAAAUAUAGAAUUGCUAAAUUCAUUCCAGAACCCAGUCACGGUUCAUUCCCCAUACUGAACCUAAAAAAUUGUCCUGUUUCAGGGAAAUCUGACAAAAGAACCCACACAAAGGAUGUGCAUCAUCUUGAUGUCAAAACUGGCAUACAAAUUAGAGAGGCACUUAAGCUGCAAUUAGAUGCUCAAAGGUGUCUUCAUGAACAACUAGAGAUUCAGAGAAAAUUACAGUUGCGAAUCGAGGAACAAGGCAGGCAACUAAAGAAAAUGUUCGACCAGCAACAGAAGACAAGUAAUGACGUCUCUAAUACUCAGAAUUCAACCAUUGAAGAGACAUCAAUUAGUCAUAAAGACGGUGAAAAUGCUUCCGAAGGGGCUAACAACAAUUCCUUCUUCCCUUCCAAGACCUCUCCAAGCCAAUAAUUUGGUGGUUCAUAUGUGUAUAAAAUUACAGUUUUCCAAAAGCUUACUCCUUGUAAGAUACAGAUAGACCACAUCAUGUGAUUUUGUUAUGGGAAGAAUAACAUUGUUCUUUAUACUACAGUCUACAAAUGCAAACUCUAUGAAUUAGUACAUAAUUUAGAGUGAUUACAUUA